AUGACUACUCAGACGACUACUCAGACAACUAGUCAGACAGCUUCUCAGCCAGCACCUGAGCUUAGUAGCUGGUGCAGUGAGGCAGGCAUAGACCCAAACCGGGCCUUUGUACUGCAUGACGUUCCUGCUGACACUGACCAUACAGCCAUUGAAGAGACUGCUGAGACAGUGAAAGCUUUUGGAAGAGUGAAAGUAAGAGAGACAGUACUUGACAUUAAGACCGGCAAUAGUCUAGUACUUUGUGAAUGUCGUCAAGAUGUUCACCCAGACCGCAUACCAUCUCAACUUCAGACAUUGGAUGGAGGUCCUGCCUGGAAAAUAUCCCUCUUUGUUGAAUCUGAGAGUCCGGCUGAUGACUUCUUAGCCAAGCUUAACAAGCUAAUGAAAGAGGAGGGAAAAUCAGUUGAUGAUGUUCAUGCCAUGCUGUCUACAGAUGUUCCACAGGGUAACUCACCUGAAUCGAUCAUACGUGCAGUUGGAGAUCUGUUAGUAAAAACAAUGCGACCUACCAGUGAGAACAAUGCAUUUAGACGUCUUCGGACAUUCUCUGGUCAUCUCCCCACCCCAGCAGGUGAGGAGAGUGUUGAACACUGGCUCGAGCAGGCUCGCCUGAUGAUGGAAGAGUGUGACUGUUCCGCCCGAGAAAAACGAAAGAGAAUAGCAGAGAGUUUAAAGGGGCCUGCUCUGGAAAUUAUCCAAGCUGUGCGGCUAAAUAAUCCUGAUGCUAGCCCUGAGUGUUAUGUAGAAGCUAUAGAAAGUGCAUUCGGAACUCCUGAGUCUGGUGAAGAUUUGUAUUUUGCUUUCAGGAGUCUCCACCAACAGCGAGGAGAAAAGCUGUCAGACUUCCUGAAAAGGUUGGAACGCUCACUGACCAAAGUGGUGCAAAGAGGAGGUCUUCCGAGUCACAGAGCUGAUCGUGCACGCAUCGACCAACUCAUAAGGGGCGCUCCUGAGUCUGACAUCAUGCUUUUACAGCUGAGACUAAGAGAAAGGAAGGAGAAACCCCCUACCUUUCUGAGGCUCCUGAAUGAGAUCCGGGAGGAGGAAGAAUAUGAGACUGCACGACGUAAGUUAAACACAACAGUGAGACAAGUUAAAGUUGGUGAGGAGACAAAAACCAAAUCAGCAGAAGUUCAAGAGUUAAAAACAGAGAUUAAAGAUCUACGCUCUCAGCUUAAUGAGCUAACAAACAAGCGACAAGACUCACAAGCUGAGUUAGCACAAAAACCACCCAAGAAAAGUACAGAUACUGCAACAGCAAGUGAAGUCCAGCAGUUAACGCAGCAAGUGCAACAGUUACGACACCAGUUAACUGUCAUGUCUGUUUCACAUGGUGCAACCUCAGCAGACACAAAAAGGAUAAAUGGGGGAGCUAGAUACGGCAAAGCUUCGAAACCAUACACUGUAAAAGAUCCUGAAAGUUUUUUCUGUUACCGGUGUGGCGAGAACGGCCAUAUCGCCACUCACUGCAUAGCCCCAGAGAACACAGCUAAAGUAAUCCAAAGACUGCUCGGAGCGCUGCGCAAGAGUAAGGAGGAGAAGGGGGCUUCAAAAGGCUCUGCUGAGUCUAAAGGGGUUGGUUCAGUCAGGAAAAGCUCAGUGCACACACCUUCACUUAGUGGUUUGCCAGAAGGGCUGGUUGGUCCAUCCAUGAUGGCCAAUGUGACCAUCGAAGGGCAGCCAUGUAGAGCUCUUUUAGACAGUGGUUCUCGAGUCACCAUCAUUUUUGAGAGCUGGUACUCCCGUCACCUCCCCGAUGUGCCCAUCCUUCCACUCACAGACCUUGCCAUAUGGGGCCUGAGUGAAUCUACUUACCCAUACAAGGGGUAUGUGGUCGUUGAGUUGGGGUUUCCCCCUAACACAGAGGGACCUGAAGAGGCAGUCUCCAUCUUGGCUCUAGUAUGCCCCGACCCAAAGAGUCCAGACCCAGUUCCCGCCAUUAUUGGCACCAACUCAAAGAAACUGCAUUCUUUGCUCACCCAUUGUGGAGAGUUUAAAGGUAACGGUGAGGUUCAUUCACUGAGGAUAGAUACUCUCACACCAGAACACCUCUCAUCACCUAGCGUCUUACCACUGGGCGUGGUUGGUCAGGUGAAGUGGCAAGGCCCCGGGUCUCUCACCAUUCCCCCAGGGGGAGAGCGUUAUGCUGUCUGUAAAGUGGAGCAGCAGCAGCCCUUGGGUAAAAGUAUCCUGAUGGUCGAGGUAGAUGAAACAGCAAACCUCCCAGCUGGUGUACUGGUUCCACCUGUUGUACUGCCAGCGUCUGCGAUGGAUACCAAUGGUUUCAAACUUCUGCUAAGAAAUGAGUCCCAAAAGGAGACCGCUGUCCCUACUGGCACAGUGCUGGCCCAAGUGUACCUGGUAGACACGGUCACUGAGUUAAAGAAGACCUCAGUCCAAGAGAGGUCUAUUGACCCUGAGCUGUUUGACUUUGGGGAUUCCCCCAUACCUGAGGCGUGGAAAGCCAGGUUAGCCACAAAGCUAGCAGAGAGAGCCAAUGUCUUCUCAUUGGAGGAGUGGGACGUCGGUCUAGCAAAAGGUGUGACUCACCACAUAAGGCUGCGAGACGCUAGGCCGUUCAGGGAGAGAUCUCGCAGGAUCGCCCCAGCUGACAUUGAAGAUGUUCGCCGCCAUCUUCAGGAACUUUUGGCAGCGGGAAUAAUCAAAGAGUCGCGGAGUCCGUAUGCAUCUCCGAUUGUCAUAGUAAGAAAAAAGAGUGGCAAAGUGCGGAUGUGCAUUGAUUAUCGGCUGCUGAACUCCAGAACUGUUCCCGAUCAGUAUACUAUGCCGCGCAUAGAUGAUGUACUGGAUUGUUUGACAGGGAGCAAAUGGUUCUCUGUAUUGGAUUUGAGAAGUGGAUAUUACCAAGUGGAGAUGUCAGAGGCAGAUAAAGAAAAAACAGCUUUUAUCUGUCCUCUUGGCUUCUUUCAGUUUGAGAGAAUGCCUCAAGGUAUCACUGGCGCUCCUGCAACCUUCCAAAGGUUAAUGGAGAAAGCCGUCGGAGACAUGAACCUGUUACAAGUUCUCGUGUACCUUGAUGAUCUCAUUGUUUUUGGUAGGACCCUAGAGGAGCACGAGGAGCGACUAUUAAAGGUUCUGGAUAGGCUAGAGGAAUGUGGCCUCAAACUUUCCAUUGACAAGUGUCAAUUUUGCCAGCCCCAGGUGAAGUUUCUAGGGCACAUUGUUUCGGCCUCUGGAGUCGCCACUGACCCCGAGAAAGUGAGGGCUGUGACCCACUGGAAGAAACCCAACGACUUGAAGUCCCUGAGAUCCUUUCUAGGGUUUUGUGGGUACUAUCGGCGGUUCAUUGAGAGCUAUUCCUCCAUCGUCCGCCCACUCACCGAACUGACCAAAGGUUAUCCUCCUGCACAGAGGAGCAGGAAGGAUGUCAUCAAAGGAAAGAAAGAGACUUACUUCCAAGUCUCUGAGCCUUUUGGUAGUCGUUGGACUCCAGCUUGCGAUGAAGCCUUUCAGAACAUUGUCUACAAACUCACACAUGCACCGGUCUUGGCCUUUGCUGACCCAGCUAAACAUUACAUCCUGCAUGUGGACGCAAGUCUAAACGGGCUGGGAGCUGUGCUUAAUCAAGAGUAUCCCGAGGGGAUCCGCCCAGUCGCUUUUGCCAGUCGCAAGUUGAGUCAAGCCGAACGGAACUAUCCAGUCCAUCAGCUAGAAUUUCUAGCUCUAAAAUGGGCAGUCGUUGAUAAGUUCCAUGACUAUUUGUAUGGUGCGAAGUUUACGGUAAGAACAGACAAUAAUCCCCUUACCUACGUCUUGACGACAGCCAGGUUGAAUGCGACAGGCCACCGGUGGUUAGCGGCGCUCUCUACCUACGACUUCAGCAUCCGCUACAAGCCCGGCCGGGAAAAUAUUGAUGCUGACUUAUUGUCCAGGAGUCUGCAGGAGACAGGAGAUGGGUGGGUGGAUAUACCUCCCUCUGGCAUCAAAGCUCUAUGUCGUAGGAUCACUACAGAUGGUUCCCACCAACACACCACCAGAUUCGUUGACCAGCUAGGUGUUUCGCCUGACGCCAUUCCUGCUGUGUAUGCUGGUCUUACUCAGAUUGAAAUGAGCCCACUGGAGCAGUUGAGCUUAAAGGAGCUCUCAGAAGCUCAAGACUCUGAUCUGGUCAUAGGUGUAGUGAAGCUUCAAGUUGAGCGGGGACAAGGUGCUCCAGCUCCUAAGCAUCCUAACCCAGACGUGACCUUGCUGCAGAGAGAAAAUUCCAAACUUAAGAUAAAGCGUGGCCUUCUGUUCAGAGUCACCAAACGACCCUCUGGGAGAGAAGUGAGUCAGCUUGUCUUACCUGACAAAUAUCGACAGAUGGUGUUGAAAUCAGUGCACGAUGAUGCUGGUCAUCUCGGUACAGACCGAACCAUAGAGCUCAUUAAGGACCGGUUUUACUGGCCCAAAAUGGCCUCUGAAAUCGCGACAUACAUCCAGAACUGUGGAAGGUGCGUAGCUAGGAAAACUAUCCCACAGAAAGCUGCCCCUUUACAGCAGAUCACAAGUAGUGGCCCUCUAGAUCUGGUCUGCAUAGAUUUUCUUUCCAUUGAGCCAGACUCAAAAGGCAUAGCUAACGUGCUAGUUGUCACUGAUCAUUACACCAGAUAUGCUCAAGCAUUUCCCACAAAAGAUCAGAAAGCACUUACUGUAGCCAAAGUCCUCUUUGAAAAGUUCUUUGUGCAUUAUGGGUUGCCUGCCCGCAUCCACAGUGACCAGGGCCGAGAUUUUGAGAGCAAACUAAUAAAAGAACUCUUGACCCUACUCGGUGUCCGCAAGUCCAGAACAUCACCUUACCAUCCUCAGGGUGAUCCUCAGCCUGAGCGGUUUAACCGCACUCUUCUGGCAAUGCUUGGCACGCUUGAUCCAGCUCAGAAGCCAAAAUGGAGCCAGCAUAUAAGUCAGCUAGUGCAUGCUUACAACAGCACAAGAAAUGAUGCCACUGGGUACUCGCCCUACUUCCUUAUGUUUGGAAGAGAGGCACGUCUACCAGUUGAUUUGUGUUUUGGCAUUGGAUCCGAGGAAGAGGAUGAUUUGAAACACCACCAGUAUGUGGCCAACAUGAGAAAGGAGCUACGGAAUGCUUACCAGUUAGCCGUUGAUGCAGCUUCCAAGAACCAUGAACGGAACAAAAAACGGUAUGAUACAAGAGUUCGGAAUCAGACCUUGGAGGAAGGAGACCGGGUACUGGUUCGCAAUCUUGGCAUCACAGGAAAACACAAACUACAGGAUCGUUGGAACUCCCUACCCUAUGUAGUGGUCGCCAAGUUAACCAAUCUCCCUGUGUAUCCUGUAAAACCGGAGAGGGGAACUGGUGUAGUGAAAACAUUACACAGAGACCACCUGCUACCCAUUGGUUACCUGGUGAGAAUGUCUGCUCCAUCAGAUCGGACAGUACAGCCCAAGAGACCGGUGACCAGGGCACAGCAAACUAGGUGUGAAAACGAAGAUCAGACACAAAACACAAGACAUGUAAGCCGAGAUGAGUACACCUCAGAGUCUGAUGAGGAACAGGUCUACUUUUUACCUCCACUGACACUUCGUGCCCGUGUAGAUUCUCAGAGCAAUGAGGCUGAAAAAAGGGAUGCUCCGGACCUGCACGACAGACCCGUGAGAGAUCAUCUUGUUGUCAAUGACUUACCUGAAGCGGAGGAACCAGCGAAUGAACUUCCAGCAGCAGAGGAGCAAAUGGAAGAAAGUCCACAGACACGCCGAGACUCUGUGGUGGACACAGAGCUAGACGAGGGAGACGUCCUUAUUCCUAGCACCUCGGUUGUGGAUGCUGACUCUCGCCGUGAACCUACUGCAAAAAGGAAAGUGAAACCUGUUCUACGCCUCAGUUAUGAUGAACCUGGACAACCGACUGACAGACCUGUCAACGGACUGUUACCUGAUAACAGUCUGAUAGCCCUGUCAAGAGGAUCUGCGCCCUCUGGUGUGGACGAGAGCUGUCGGACGGAAUCGUACGAGUGGACUGUGAGUUUCGUCUGCGCCUGCCGGCGAGCCGCCAUCCCCUGUUUCCCCACGGACUGUCGGGAGCGCAGGGACUGUUGUCGGGAGCCGUGA